CAGUGCAGUGUCAGGUGAGUGUCGGGCGGCAGCAGGUUCCCUGAGCUUCACUCUCACUCCCUCUCAUUCCCUCUCAUUCACCACGGCGGCCAGAGCUAAAGCGUCAUACUGCGUGGCGGAGGCACACAAGAGUGCAGAUUACACCGCAGAAAUGACGAGCAAGAUGGUGAUUAAGCAGCCGCAGCCGGUGCUGGAGUCCAGAGACUCUGACGAGUGGAACUCCAGGAUCUGCGACUGCUGCGACGACAAGGCCGAGUGUUGUCUUGUGUUUUGGUGCUGCCCAUGUUUCGCCUGCAAGAAGACAAAAGAAUAUGGCCAGUGUUUGUGUCUCCCCCUGCUGGACCUGUGUGGUAUCGUCUCACCUGCCACAUGGGCCAUGAGGGUGUCGAUGCGUCACCGUUACGGCAUCAAGGGCACGCUCUGUGACGACUGUCUGAUCGCCACGUGCUGUACGCCCUGCGCCUGGUGUCAGAUGUCUCGCGAGAUGAAAUAUCGUGCAAUUCCCAUCACCCUGCUCAACGCCAGACCAAAGAACUGAUCCUGAUUCAUCUGUGAGAAAAACAUCUCCUGUCCUGGAUGAAGAAAUAAGUGUGUUGUAUAAAUGUAUAUAAAUAUUUAUGUAAAGGUUAUAUUCAGCACAAUGUUUAACCGCAUGACCUUACUAUUGCUAAUAAUUCAGAGUUCUGUGAACUUUGCCUACAUGUGUUACAUAUAUAUAUUUUAGUUGUAUAAUUAAUAUUAUAGUCAAAAUAAAAUGUAUGAAUGUAUUCUCCUAUUAACGCCUGAGAGGUCCCUGUUUCU